AUGCGGCCCAGCUCGUACCUCCGCUACAGCUCGAGCUUCACACUGCACCGCCAGCCGACCUCAGCCGCACGAGCGACUGCCAUCCCCCCACCGCGCGUCUCGCUCGCAGCGCGUCACCAACCCUGGCCGAGCAUGUCCAAUCCUGCAGCAUGGAACGCCGUGUUGGAGCAAUACGCACGGUCCCAGAAUCCUGAACGCGAAUUGCCCAAAGGCGUUCACCUGUUGUCGAAUUCGAAGUGGUCAGUCUUCCAGGCAGUCUUCAGCAGUGGCGGAGCCAGCCGGGGGAAAAUCUCAAAAAGUGGGGGUCAUGUCUGCGCAUCCGGGCUGUGCAGUGUGACCAUCUUUGAUGGCUACGAAAAGGCCAAAUACCACUUUCUCGUCAUGCGUACGUGCCCUCAGCGCUUCCCCUUCAUUCUGCCCCACUCGACACUGAUCAUCCACACCCCUCUGACUCUGACAGCGAGGUAUCCCUUCCCCCUCGAGUCAAGUUCCAGUCCAAGCUCGGCCUCAACCUCAACCUCAAUCUCCGUCCCAUCAUCGCACCUCACCUCCCUCGAAGCACUCCGCAAAUCGCCGCACUGUAUCCCCGUUCUCAAAGCGUUGCAAGAACAGGCACAACAAGUCCAAGUCGGUCCUUGAUCUCGUUCACGGGAGACCGCAGCUGACCUUUUCUGCGCGCUUCACAGGAGAUGAUCGAGGAAGAGAUGCUCAAGAAGGAAGGCUGGAAAUGGCCGGUUCAUAUCGGGUUCCAUGCUAGGGAAUCCAUGAGGUGAGCUCAGCGAUGAUAUUCGAAUUUUCACUCUCUACUGAUUUAGAUCAACCGGGAUCAUGUGCAACUUCAGACACGUACAUCUACACGUCAUCUCUUCGGAUCUCAUCUCGCCUAAACUCAAGAACAAAAAGUGAGUCUGAACUUUUUCUCCGGUCCUGUGAAGGUCUCAGGUUCCCUGCAAGCUUCUCUGACUCCUGACCCCUUCCUCGAUCUCCGCAAGGCACUACAAUUCCUUCCACCCUUCACUCGGGUUCUUCCUCCACCUCACCAAAGUGAUCGAGCAAGUCGAAGCUUCACGAAAAGACGCGGUACCUACAUUAUGCCAUCCCUUUAGCGACUAACAGGUCGUGACGAAAAGAAAAGAAAAAACUGAUCACCACUGAGUUGCGUGCGUUACGUUCAGAACUCGACCAGCUCGUACGAAAACCUUUUAAAGUUACCUCUUCGAUCGCACUAUACGGGUCAGCAAUACCCGACGAUCCCCAAGUUGAAGGUACAUUUGGAGGAGGAAUGGGAGAGGAGAGGGAGGGAGGAGAGGAGGCGACAAGCAUUACUGAUCAAGGACGGGCUUAAAGCGCCGUCUGACUCGGAGGAGCGUGAUCGAGGCGCUGACUCGGUGCAGGGGAGGGCGAAGAAGGUCAAAGUCGAUCGGACCGAGGAGGAUGUAGGUGCGAGUAGUGGUGAUGAGACGAUUUGA